UCUUCUUCAUACCGGGGUUCACGCCAGUUUGUGCAAGGAAUUUUGAUCGAUUGUUCGUGUCUCGUCGAGCAGCAAAACGCCGUUUUCGCACGUCGGUUCUUCUUUCUCGCGUUCUAUUUCUUCUCGUCAUUUUUCUCGCACCAGGCGGACCGCGAUCUUGUCCAGGUCCCUCAAAAUGGUGAAAAUGGAGCAUGACGAUAGCAAAAAUGAGCCGGAACAUGUGAGAAAGCUGUUCAUCGGUGGCUUGGAUUAUAGAACAACGGAUGACUCGCUGAAGAAGCACUUUGAGCAGUGGGGAGAGAUUGUAGAUGUCGUCGUUAUGAAGGAUCCUAAGACAAAGCGAUCCAGGGGCUUUGGUUUUAUUACUUAUUCUCGUGCUCAUAUGGUGGAUGAUGCUCAGAAUGCCAGACCCCACAGAGUGGACGGAAGAGUGGUGGAGCCUAAGAGGGCGGUACCCAGGCAGGAAAUUGGACGGCCGGAAGCCGGAGCCACCGUGAAGAAGCUCUUCGUAGGAGGCCUGAAGGAUGAUCACGAGGAGGAGGAUCUCAGGCAGUAUUUCCAGAGCUAUGGUAGCAUAAACUCGAUUAGCAUAGUCACCGACAAGGAGACCGGCAAGAAGCGCGGCUUCGGUUUCGUCGAAUUCGACGACUACGAUCCGGUCGACAAGAUUUGCCUCCAACGCAACCACCAGAUUCGCGGCAAGCACGUCGAUGUUAAGAAAGCUUUGAGCAGAGCCGAGAUGGCGUCCGCGUGGGGUGGCGGCGGCGGAGGCGGCGGUAGCCGCGGCGGUCAGGGCGUGGGCAGAGGGCCGCGUAGCGGCAACCAGGGUGGCGGCAGCUGGGGAGGACGCGGCAGCGGUGGCGGUGGCGGCGGCGGUGGCGAUUGGAACAACGGCGGCAAUCAGGGCGGAUACGGCGGUGGAGGUAAUCAAGGCUGGGGCGGAAAUGGACCGUGGGAGAAUCAGAACCAAGGUGGAGGAUGGAAUCAGGGCGGACAAGGCGGUUAUAACAGCGGCGGCAAUUGGAGCAACGACAACUUCGGUGGCGGAUAUCAGCAGGGCUACGGCGGCGGUCCUGUGCGCAAUAAUUUCAACUCUGGCGGCAGAUCGGCGCCCUACGGCGCGAAUUCAGGCCCCAGCGGCCGGCAAUCCGGCGACUCGAGAUGGCUGCCGCCCUUCGGCGGACAAGGACCGAUGGGUGGCGGAAAUUCCGGUGGCGGCGGCGGCGGAUACGGAAAUCAAGGCGGAUAUGGCGGAAAUUCCCUUGGUGGUGGAAACAUGGGUGGCGGCGGCGGUGGAGGUGGCGGCAGCGGGAGGAGAUAUUAAAAAAGGAAGAGCAUAUAGCGAUCCGAACCUCUCUUACUGGUGAAGCUACUACUCCUACUACUACUUGUCUUCUAGUCGCCAGUACUUCUGUACUGUUUAGUAUCGGAAGCAGGCAGGCAGGCAGGCUAUCAGGCUAGAAAGAGAGAGAGAGAGAGAGAGAGAAAGAGAGAGAAACAAGACAACGAACAGGCAGAAACUCAGAAAACUGUCAGGCAGGCAGGACAAUCAGGAUACAGGACAAAGAUAAAAAGAGAAAGAGACAGAGAAUCAUCAGUUAGCUUGCAGUGAGAGAGGUUUACUACUAUGCCUAUCCCUUUCUAAUCUUGCGUCUGAUUUCCCUUUCCCUUCCAUUCCACCUUUCCACUCAUUGUAAACACAUUCUCGCACCAUCUCUCGCCGAGUGUCCUUUUUUCGAAUAUCCGGGUUCUCAUCAAGUAUCGAUUGGCCAGGAAAAAAGGAAGUUUGUGUUUAAGUAUAAAGGAAGAUAAUUUAUAGGAGGAGAAAACGCGAGAGGGAGAGAGAAAGAGCAUAUAUAUAUAUAUAUAAUAUACAUGUAGCGAGAGAGACAGCAACAGAAGACAGAUAAGUGUAUACCUCAGCGUUUCUUUUUUUCUUGUAGGAACUAGGAUUAAUUAAUUAGGAAGUAUAAUUGAACUUAAUUAUUUUACGAAUCUGUGUAAUUGUUUAAGCGCUUGCAAGUCGACGAAAUAAAAGUGGAGAAACCUUUUUCUUUAGCAUGUUUUAUAUUUUCUGACGCCAGAGGGCGAUAGUAGUUAUAAGCUCAGGUUCAAGGACCUAUGAAAGGGACGCAAACGGGGUCUAGAAACGGAAACUUGUCGUCCAAAACAUCUUUCUUUUGCAACUUCGAAGUUUCAUUGCUUCAUGAUCUCAUUAGAAAAGUAUAUAUAUACACAUAUAAAGAAUACAAUUAUAUAUUGAAACUUCUUAAGAUAAUCUCUUCCAAGUUGCACAAUAAAGAUUCAGGUGAUUCUGACAGAUCAGGAUUAUUAUAGGCAAAAUUGAUAUCUCAUACGCCUCAAAGAGAGCUUGUAAGAUGUAUCGUCGACUUUUGUA